GCUCACACACACUCUCACUCUUCACUGCACUACAUCACCCCUGCGCGCGCGCUCCGAAGCUGCCGUUGACGCUCGCGCCAUGCAAAUCUCGCGGUGAUCUCGCGGUGUGUCGUAGAGCGCCUGUCUUUCUCCGCUCUGCUUUUCUUCUCCUCUCUCACACUGUACAGGGAGAAGUUCGCUGUCAGUUCAGCAGCAGGACCUGGGGGGAAAAUGGCUCAGCGAAAGGUCGCCCUCGCACUUACAGGACUUUGCAUCCUCAUAUGGCAAGUCUGGGCCAAGUUGGAGGUCAGCAUGGAGGACAGGGUAGAGGUGUUCCUGGACGAUGUGGCAGAGAUCCCCUGCAUAUACAACAUGAGCGGAUCUGCCAGUUCACCGACAGUACAGUGGUUUGUGAAAUCAGCGGGGAGCAACAGAGUGCAGAUCUACUACAAAGACGACAGCAGGGCAAUUGAGGAUCAGGGGACAGGUUUCUCAGGGAGGAUCAAUGUCUCUCACUCUCAGGAAGGCAUGAUGGGAAACUCUAUUCUGACCAUCAAUGCUGUACGAGUCAGUGACGUGCGAGACUUCAUCUGCCAAGUGAACAUGGAUGGAAACAGUGGGGAGGGACACACUCGACUUCUGGUGUUCAAUGCUCCGUCUCUCCCUACCAUUGAAGCAGAACCUUAUGCCUCAGUCGCAGAGCUUAUGAAUAAGAUUGCAUCCUGUAAGGUCAGUAAUGGAUACCCUGCCCCCAAGAUCACAUGGUACAAAGAGAGAGCUCCCUUAUACUCCUCAAAUGAUGUCAGUGUGCAGAACAGUUUGACUAUGAAUUCCAACGGCUUGUACUCAGUACAAAGUGAUCUGUACCUCACAGUAGUAAAGGAGGAUAAGGAUAAAUAUUUCUACUGUGAGGUCACCUACUUUGUUCCCGGGGCAGAGAAAAUGAUAGAGUCUCACCGGAUCAACAUCACAGUCCACUAUCCAACAUCAGAAAUUACAGUGUUCCGGGAUUUCCCCGACCGGCUUGUUAAAGAAGGUGACAGCGUAGAAAUAAGAUGUCAAGGAGACGGGAACCCUCAGCCAGUCAAAUCCUUCAUACACAACAAAAGAGUACUUCAGGAGGAUGAGGACACGCUGGUCCUGAGUAAUGUGACCCGACUAAAUAGUGGCUUAUACGAAUGCAGCGGUCUGGACACAAUAAGUUAUGACAACAUCGUAGGCACCUUGUCCCUUACAGUGCACUAUUUGGAUCCUGUUGUGAUCACUCCUGAGAAUCCAGAUAGCCUGGAUCAAGGACAGGAUCUGUCUCUGUACUGCAAUGCCCUUUCCUCUCUGUCCACACGUGCAGACUGGUACAAGGACAAUGUGCUGCUGUAUGAAGGCCAUGUGCUGAAGUUACACAAUGCCUCCUUUGCCACAGCAGGGACAUAUGUUUGUGAAGUAGUGGUAUCUGAGCUUCCUGAGUUAAAGAGGCACAGUUCUGUGCACAUCAGUGUAAGAGGAAAGCCGAUGAUCACUGAAGGGGUGGCCAUGAUUCCUCUGGAUACUGAAAAGGCCAUCAAUGUGAGCUGCCGUGCGACAGGACAUCCAACUCCCACCAUCCACUGGAGCCUCUCUGAUGAACAAGCUCAGCUGGGAAGAUGGGACACCAGGACGGAGAACAGUGUCCUCAGCAUUAUUUCCAUCAGCACCUCUUCUGACAUCACAGCGUCCUGUAGGGCCACCAAUGACCUGGGCACAGCCGAAACCUCCCGCCACAUUCAAGCCAUUCAAAUGAUCCAAACAACUACAACACCAACAACAACAACACCAACAACAACAGCAACAACAACAAGCAAUACAACUGGUACGAUGGUGCCUGGAACAGCCAGCCCGAAAAAAAUCAAAAAAGGGGGCAAUGGAUUCAUCAUUGCGAUCAUCAUCAUCUUCAUCUUACUGCUGGCCAUCCUGGGCAGUGUGCUGUACUUCAUGUACAAGAAAGGCAAGAUCCCAUGUGGGCGCUCAGGGAAGCAAGAUCUCACUAAGGAAAAGGCCAGUAGUGAUGACAUCGUUGUGGAGAUGAAGAGCAGUAAAUCGGAGGAGGCAGUGCUUCUACAGGGAGUCAACGGUGAUAAAAAGACUUCCAGCGACCAGUGAGGCGAAUGGAUAAGCAGAGAGGACGGGCCGCUUGCAGUCUCCAUGUUAUUAUACUGCCUCAGCUCUCUCAGGAUGAGGCCCAGAACUUCCUCCUCCCCUGUGAGCUGGAACACAAUCCUGUGUCAGGUCCACUGACUCAUUUCUGCCUCUACAACUUUCACAUUUUGUUUGCAGGGUUUUUUUUUUUUAUUUCUCUCUCCCCCCCCUCCCCAAACAGGCCUCACUGUCCAUUAGGAACAAUCUGCUCUCUAUGUUCUACAUCAUAUAUAUAUGAAAUAAUGUACAUAUGUAGUUAUUUUAAAUAAUUUCGACAAAACCUAAAGUGUUCUUAGUGACCUAAUGAAGUCCUUCUUGAGCUCGACUAAGAUUCGGGCGACAGACCUCGGCUGAAGCGCCCUUCGUUAAGUGUCCAAGUGCUCGCUGUUGUUUUGUCUUUAAAUCGCUCUCACUGCUGCCUCACCGUAGUCUGUGCACUGAAACUCAGAGCUGCCUCUCACUACUGUGCUGAUCCAACACUGUAAACGCUUCACCUGCUGCCUCCAACAAUACUCCAUCACUGAGGAUAAAAACUAGUCUAUCAAAAUUAUUUUUUUAAAAUCUAGUCUUUUUAAAAUAUGUACAAUGUUUAAGCUCAAAGAAAAACCUUCACGCUGAAAUCUGUAUAUGCUAUACACAUUAAUCUGACCCACUGAGAGGAAAGAUACACUCACUGUCCACUUUAAUAGGAACACCUGUACAUUCAUGCAGUUAUCUAAUCAGUUAUUCAUGUGGCAGCAGCACAAUCCUGAAGAUGCAGGCCAAGAGCUUCAGUUAAUGUUACAUUACAUCAAACAUCAGAAUAAAGAAAAAGUGUGAUGUCUAUGACUUUAACCAUGGAAUGGUGGUUGGUGGCAGAAGGACUGGUUUGAGUAUUUCAGAAACUGCUGAUCUCCUGGGAAUUUAACACACAACGGUCUCUAGAGUUUGUACAGAAUGGUGCAAAAAAUCCCAAAAACCACUGAGUGAGUGAGUUCUGUGAGUGGAAACGCCUUGUUGUUAAGAGAGGUCAGAGGAAAUGGGCCAGAUUGUGGUGGAUGGGCUACAACAGCAGAUGACCACGUUGGGUUCUACUCCUGUUAGCCAAGAACAGGAAUCUGAGGCUAUCAUGGGUACAGGCUCAUCUAAACUGGACAGUUGAAGAUUAGAGAAAAAAAAAAUCACCUGGUCUUUUUCCAGUUUCGCUGAGUCAGAAGAUCAGCAGUUUCUGAAAUACUCAAACCAGCCCACCAACAACCAAGCCAUGGAUAAGUCACAGAGAUCACACUUUUCCCCCAUUCUGAUGUUUAAUGUGAACUUUCACUGAAGCUCUUAACCUGCAUGAUUUUAUGCAUUGUACUGCUGCCAGAUGAUCGGAUAACUACAUAAAUGUGCAGGUGUUCCUAUUAAAGUGGACGGCGAAUGUAUAUGAAUUAAGCGUUUAAUUAAUGUAUUUAAUGUGCUGAGGCCCUUGUAAUUGCUUUCUGAUGCUCGUGAUGUGUUGUUUUUAUAUUGCAUUAUAUAUAAAUGAUGAAUUAGAAUCUGCUCCAGGUCUGCAGUGCAUUCAUGUAUAGCAAGAUUGACCAACAAACACAGGUUGGCCAUCAUUACUCAUUAUUUUCCUAACUGUUUUAUUUUUAUUUUAGUUAAAAACCAAGGGCACAACUAUGAUUAUUCAAGCACACAGUUCACACUUUAUUCUCUACCAAAGCAAAAGCGUAACCAAAGGCACAAUAUUACAAAUACCAGUUUUGUAAAUGUAAGCUAGUCAGCUUGAUGUGCAAAAACUAUCGCUAAGUGUCAUAUCUUGUUUUUGUGUACGUCACAGGUUUAUUCGUGCCUUAUUACUGUAAAGAUAUUUGACCUCCCCCCCUUAAGCUGAUUAAAAACAUUGUCCUUUAAAAA